AUGGGGAUGAGAACCCCCAACCAACACUCCCCACAGGGCUCCCCGUGGCUCUGUGUCCCCCUCCCACACCCACACGUGGGCACCCCGGGGCCCAGCACGCUGCGGCGUCUCCGUACCUGGCACCGGCUGCCUCGGCUGCCCAGCGUGCCAGAUCCGUGCCCCGACUGCCAACGGGCUCCGUGGCAGCGCAGCCAGCCGGGGGCACGAGCCCUGGCAGCCGUGUUGGACUGGCCUGUGAAAGGCACCGUGUGCAGCAACGGGACAGGGACACGGGGUUCAGGAGCAUCCGUGGGACGGGAUGCGGGGCUGCGCGGGACGAUCCUUCUCCCGCCGGGGUCCGUGCUGGGGCCGGUGCGUCACGGGGCGGGCGCGUCGGGGCCGGCGCGUUACCGGUCCCGGCACAUCACCCCACCGGCUGCCACAGCAACGGGGCCCGGCCCCGCCGGGAGGGGAGACCCCCCUUCCCCCCCUUCCCUUCGGGCUGCGGGGCUCGCCGUGAGCCGCGGCUGCAGGGAGCGGCCCCGGCUCCGCGGGAGCCUCCGCGCCGCGCCGGGCUGUGCCGGGGACGAGCCGCCCCGCGUGGGCGGGCUGCGCGGCUCUAUAAGGCAGCUCCGCGGCGGCGGCCGGCGCGGUGCCAUGUGCGCCCCGGGGCUGCUCUGCCGCCUCCUCCUUCUCCUCCUCCUGCCGCUGGCAGCCGCCCCCGGAGCGGCCCCCGGCACCGCAGCGGCCCGGACGGGACGGCCCCGUGCCCGCCGCGGGCUCACCUACCCCGGGACGCUGUGGUGCGGCGCGGGCAGCAACGCCGAUGCCUACGAAGAGCUGGGGGAGCACCGAGACACAGACCGGUGCUGCCGGGACCAUGACCACUGCCAGCACGUCAUCCACCCCUUCACCCUCCGCUACGGGUACCGCAACCUGCGCUGGCACACCAUCAGCCACUGCGACUGCGACCACAGGUUGAAGGAGUGCCUGCAGCAGGUGAACGACACGGCCUCGCGGGUGGUGGGCCAGGCCUUCUUCAAUGUCAUCCAGGUGCCCUGCUUUGAGUUUGCCUACAAGGAGGAGUGUGUGGAGCCCUACCUCUAUGUCUGGUGCAAGACCUACAACACGGUGGCCAUCGCGGUGCCCAGGGAGCCAGUGCUGUACGAGUUCGGUGGGGAGCUGAUUGACAGGGCAGCGAGGCCCGAGGUGGGGGUCCCUCUGGGCCCCCCCUGGAGCAGCACAGGCGGAGGAGCUGUCUCGGAGGAGCAUCACCCACCUGCCCGCCCGCUGUUUCCCCCCAAGGCAGCCAAGAAAGAGAGGAAGGGGAAAAAGAAAGACAAGAAAAAGAAGGGGAAAGGUCUGAAGCAGAAAAGCCCUUCCAAAACUGGAGAGCUGAGGCAUUCCACAGCUGCUGGCCCCAUGGGGCUGGGCCCACGGGCCCCACCGCCAGACCUGGGGGAAGCAGCCAAUGCCAUCCUGAGCGAUGCCCCAGCACAGGACCCAUCCCCGGUCCCCACCGCCAGUGGGAAGAGGAAGAGGAAGGAGAGAAACAGAAAGAAGAGGCUGAAAAGCAGAAUCCAACACCUCCCUGCUAAGGAGCUGCUCCCAGUCACCUUCCCGUCAUCCUACAGUUUCAUAACAUAA